ACAUUUGUGUCUCGUACAAUUAAAAUGAGUGAUAUCGAGGAUGGAAACUUUGAGGGGAGGGUUAUUGUCCGUGAAGGAUUUGAAGAGUUAAGUCCAAGAAUGUGGAAGAAUAUUCAAGAUAACAGAAGGCUAAUGAAAAUGUGUACAGAGCAGACCGUUAAAUGGGAAGGGGAAAAACGAACGGAAGAUCGGUCAGAUAGAAGCACACUCGCGUUACGUUUCUAAACAAAAAGUGAAAAAAAGGUUUCAAAUUGGGGUGAAGAAAUGAAAAAUGAAGGAGAGAGGAAAAGUGAAAACUGAACAAACGAAGACCGAAGAACUAUAGAAUGCCUGAGAGAAAGGAAUAGCGUUAAAAGAAAACUGAAGAAUGAAUGUUUCUGAUUCACGUUCACCGUCCAAAUCGGAUCGGGGGAGUCCGGUCCAUGCCAAGUCGGACAGUGGAUCAGGCUCACCCAGCCCCUCUAGAGCUUCCAAACGCUCAGAGUCCAGAUCCAGAUCCCGCUCAAAGUCCAGGUCUCACUCUCGACGGCACUCAAAUCGCCGCUACAGCCGCUCUCGCUCGCAGUCACACCGCCGAAGGUCUCGCUCGCGCUCCUACAGCCCUGACUACCGCCGCAGGAGGAGCCAAAGCACAUCACCCAUGUCCAACCGCCGCAGACACACAGGGAGCAGGAGCACACUCAGCCAUGACUUCAAAAAAGACUCGCUCAGUCAUGGUGAUGCCCGGGCCAAUCCGGACCCCAACACGUGUCUGGGUGUGUUUGGUCUGAGUCUCUAUACCACAGAGCGGGACCUCAGAGAGGUGUUCUCCCGCUACGGUCCGCUGGCCGGUGUUAAUGUGGUCUACGACCAGCGCACUGGACGCUCUCGCGGCUUUGCUUUUGUCUACUUUGAACGCAUUGACGAUGCCAAGGAGGCGAUGGAGCGAGCCAAUGGGAUGGAACUGGAUGGAAGGCGUAUCAGAGUGGACUAUUCCAUAACUAAACGUCCUCACACCCCUACGCCUGGCAUCUACAUGGGCCGCCCCACACAUAAUGGAGGAGGUGGAAGCAGCAGCGGAGGACGGCGGCGGGAUUCGUAUAACGACCGUGGCUACGACCGCUACGACCGCUAUGACGAGUACGACUACAGAUACAGUCGAAGGCAUUCUCCAUCUCCAUAUUACAGCCGCUACAGGUCCCGCUCACGCUCACGCUCCUACAGCCCACGACGAUACUGAGAUCACGUCCUCAUGGAUCUUCCCCCAUCUUGUCUGUGGAUGUUUAUGAAGAGGCAGCAUUGUAGUGAAGAGAGAGGAGAGUUUGUCAGUAAAACGGAUUUGCCCAUCAGAUUAUCGUUGUGUGGGUAUGAAGCCAGUAGUGCUCCUGGGCUUGGUCAUGGCAUUGUGAUGUUUAUAGUAACAUUUUGUGUAAUAUCUGUGUCUUUUUCCAAAUGUGUGUGUG